AUGGCGGUCAAAUUGGUUGGUAGUGCUCUUCUUUCUGCUUUCCUUCAGGUCACAUUCGAAAAGCUAGCUUCUGAAAUUGAAGCCUACUUUCAAGGAAGAAAACUCAACGGAAAGCUAUUGAAGAGGCUCAAUAUCACACUACUGUCCAUCAAUGCUGUGGUCGAUGAUGCAGAACAAAAACAGAUAAAAGAUCGACACGUGAAAACAUGGCUUGAUGCUGUCAAAGAUGCUGUGUUUGAAGCAGAGGAUAUCUUGGAUGAAAUUGACAUCGAAGUUUCUAGAUGUAAGCUGGAAGCGGAACCACCGUCUCGUACUAGCAAGGUAUGGAACUUCUUUAAUGCUUCUUCCAGUUCGUUUGACAAAGAAUUUGAAUAUAGGUUGCAAGAAAUAUUCAACAACAUAGACUAUCUUGCUAGCAAAACGGAUAUACUUGGUUUGAAAAAGACUGGUACUAGUAGUAGUUUUAGUGUUGUAUCGGAUAGUCAUGUGUUGCGAAAAUUGCCAUCAACAUCUUUGCUGGUUGAUUCUCAUAUUUAUGGCAGAGAUGUUGACAAGGAGACUAUCUGUAAUUGGCUGACAUCUGACGUUGAGAUUGAUAACUAUCAACUGUCAGUUGUUUCUAUAGUUGGCAUGGGUGGGAUGGGUAAGACCAUGAUUGCUCAAUACUUAUACAACGAUCCAGAGAUGGAAGGAAAAUUUGAUGUCAAAGCUUGGACAUGUGUGUCAGAAGAAUUUGAUGUUUUCAAGGUAACGAGAGCUAUUCUUGAGGGUAUCACUGGAUCAAUGGAUGAUAGUAGAGACCUAAAUAUGGUCCAAGAAAGGUUGAAGGAAAAAUUGACUGCGAAAAGAUUUCUUCUUGUUUUGGAUGACCUUUGGAACGAAAGACGUGACCAAUGGGAAGCUUUACAGAUUCCUUUUAAUUUUGGGGCUCAAGGAAGCAAAAUUCUUGUGACUACCCGUAGUCUCAAAGUUGCCUCAACCACCCGGUCAAGUAGAAUACAUCAGCUAGAGCAAUUAAAAAAAGAACAUUGUUGGAAGUUAUUUUCCAAACACGCAUUUCUUGAUGAUAAUCCUCUCAUAGAUUCUGACUUUAAGGAAAUUGCUAAAGAGAUAAUUGAAAAAUGCCAAGGAUUACCUCUAUCCUUGAAAACAAUUGGAAGUCUCUUGUACAGAAAAUCAUCUUUGCUGGAAUGGGAAGGUAUAUUGGCUAGCAAGAUAUGGGACUUACGAGAAGAGGAGAGCAACAUCAUUCCUGCAUUCAUAUUGAGUUAUCAUCACCUUCCUUCUCAUCUCAAGAGAUGUUUUGCUUUUUGUGCCUUAUUUCCAAAAAAAUUUGUAUUUGAAAAUGUGCAUUUAGUUUUAUUUUGGAUGGCUGAGAAUUUUCUUCAAUGCCCUCAUCAGAAUAUGAGUAUGGAAGAAGUUGGUGAACAGUACUUCAAUGAACUAUUUUGGAGGUCAUUUUUUCAGAUAUCAAGGCAAUAUGAGAUGGAUUUUAUAAUGCAUGACCUUCUCAAUGAUUUGACAAAAUAUGCAUGUGGGGAUUUUUACUUCACAUUUAAUGAUGAAGAAUCGCAUAUUUUAAGAAAUACAUUUAAACCAUCCAAAGUAUUUGAGACAUUACCCAAUGCUAAUAGAUUACGCACUUAUCUACCAUUAAGUACCUGCGAUACUUCAUCAAACUACCGGAUGUCCAGCACAUUAAUGCAGGAGUUAUUCUCAAAGUUUAAAUUCUUCCGUGUAUUGUCGUUGUCUGGAUGCUCUUUUGAGAAUGAGUUGCCUGACUCCAUAGGGAAUCUCAAGCAUCUCCGUUAUCUAGACCUUUCUUUUACUUUCAUAGAAAAGCUACCUGAUUCAGUGUGCUCUCUCUAUAAUUUGCAAAUACUGAAGUUGAGAAAUUGUUGGUGUUUAAAAGAGUUGCCCUUGAAUUUACACAAACUCACUAAUUUGCAGUAUCUUGAUUUUAGUGGAACUAUAGUGAGAAAAAUGCCAAGGGAUAUGGAGAAACUAAAGAAUCUUCAUGUACUAAGUUCGUUUUAUGUGGAAAAAGGUAGCGAGGCCAAUAUCAAGCAGUUAGGAGAACUCAAUCUUCAUGAAAAAUUUUCAAUUUCAAAUCUUCAAAACAUUAUAAAUCCUUCCCAUUCCAAGGCAGCAAAUUUUAAAAAUAAAAUACACUUUGUGAAGCUAGAGUUAGAAUGGAAUGCAAAGAGGGAUGAUUCAGAGAAAGAAAGAGAAUUGUUUGAGAAACUACAAGCUUUCAAAAAAUUGAGAGAGUUGUCAAUCAAUAGCUAUGGUGGUACACGUUUUCCAGAAUGGUUUGGAAAUAGUAAUUCAUUUUUUAAUGUAGUGUCCUUAAAGUUGAGUAAUUGUGAAAAUAUUGUGUUAUUACCUCCACUUGGAAUUUUGCCAUCUCUCAAGAAACUGUGGAUCACAGGGCUAUCUGGGAUAGUGGUUAUUGGUAGUGCGUUUUAUGGAAAUGGGAGUAGCUCUUUUGAUAUUAUUCCAUUUGUAUCCUUGCUAACCUUAAGUUUUAAAGAUAUGAAGGGAUGGGAAAAAUGGGAUUGUAAAACUGUGUCGGGUGCUUUUCCAUGUCUCCAAAAACUUUCAAUUCAAAACUGUCCGAAUCUAAAAGAGUGUUUGCCUGUGCAACUUCCCUGUUUAAUGAAGCUUGAAAUUUCUUAUUGCCAGCGGCUUGUGACUUCUGUUUCAUUUGCUCCAGCCAUUCAUAAGUUAGAGCUAUUUAAUUGUGGAAAGCUGCAACUUGAUUAUCAUCCAGCUGCUUUGCAAAUUCUCAAGAUUGGUGGCAAUUGCAUGGGAGAAAUGUUGCCUGAAUGGAUUGGACAUACCUUAUCUCAUGCCCCUCUCGUAUCACUCGAAAUUACAGAUUUCCCAACUCUGACUAUUCCCCUAGGUUGUUGCUAUAAUUUCCUUCGAUAUUUGGGUAUAGACGGUAGCUGUGACUCUCUAAGGACCUUUCCGUUGGAUUUUUUCCCAGAACUACAGUCACUCUCAAUUGUAAACUGUAGUAGUCUUGAAAUGAUUUUACAGGAGUGUGAUCAUAGACUUUCACGACUGGAGAUUUUUGAUUGUCCUAAAUUUGUAUCGUUUCCCAAAGGGGGAUUCUUUGCGCCCAAUCUUAAGUAUUUUGAAAUUUGCGAAUUGGAGAAUUUAAAAUCAUUGCCUGAAUGCAUGAACACUCUCUUUCCAUCUCUUACUAACCUAACUAUAGAAAAGUGUUCACAAUUAGAGUCAUUUCCUGAUGGAGGUUUGCCAUCAAGCCUAGAGUACUUGCAUCUGAACACUUGUUCUAAACUUCUCGUCACCUCAUUGAAACGGGCUUUGGGAAUCAACACUUCUCUAAUUUAUCUGCAUAUUGGAAAAGUAGACUUGGUGUCUUUUCCCGAUCAAGGGUUUCUUCCCCUCUCUCUUACUUCUUUGUAUAUCUCUGAUUGUGUGAAUCUUAAAAAACUGGACUACAGAGGUCUCUGCCACCCCUCCUCUCUUGAAGAACUGCAUCUUGCUGACUGCCACAAUCUUCAAUGUUUACCAGUGGAGGGUCUGCCUAAAUCCAUUUCAACCCUACAAAUUACGAAUUGUUUCUUGCUCAAACAGCAAUGCAUGAAACCUAAUGGUGAAGAUUGGGGGAAGAUUUCUCACAUUCAAUCCGUGAAGAUCGAUUACAUUUUGAUGACUUGA